ACUUUACUUAGUUAGCGUUUUAGCGGAUUUGGGCAUCUCGGCCAGAAAGUUUAGGGGGCCCGGCGAGAGCUCCGUCAGAUAUCAGUGAGGCUUGGUGCUGGGAGAAGAGGAACAGCGCUGCUCCACACGAUAGCAGUCAACAAUGUGUGACGACGAAACGUGUCCCUUGGUUGUGGACAAUGGCUCCGGAAUGGUCAAGGCCGGCUUCGCCGGUGAUGACGCUCCCCGGUCAGUGUUCCCCUCCAUCGUCGGCCGCCCCCGUCAUCAGGGUGUGAUGGUCGGUAUGGGUCAGAAGGACGCCUACGUCGGCGAUGAGGCUCAAAGCAAGAGAGGUAUCUUGAGUUUGAAGUACCCCAUCGAGCACGGUAUCAUCACCAACUGGGACGACAUGGAGAAGAUCUGGCAUCACACCUUCUACAACGAACUCCGAGUGGCCCCUGAGGAAUCCCCUGUCCUUCUCACCGAGGCUCCCAUGAAUCCUAAGGUUAAUCGUGAGAAGAUGACCCAGAUCAUGUUCGAGACCUUUGGUGUCCCCACCACAUAUGUUGCCAUCCAGGCUGUGUUGUCCCUGUACGCCUCCGGUCGUACAACCGGCAUUGUGCUGGAUUCUGGUGAUGGUGUCACUCAUUGUGUCCCCAUCUUUGAGGGUUAUGCCCUUCCUCACGCUAUCUCACGUCUUGAUAUCGCCGGUCGUGACCUUACCAACUACCUGAUGAAGAUCAUGACUGAGCGUGGUUACUCCUUCACCACGAGCGCUGAACGCGAAAUCGUGCGUGACGUCAAGGAAAAGCUUUGCUAUGUGGCCCUUGACUUUGAUAACGAGAUGGCACAGGCGGCAGUUUCCUCUUCCCUGGAGAAGUCCUAUGAACUUCCCGACGGACAGGUUAUCACCAUCGGCAAUGAACGCUUCCGCUGCCCAGAGUCUCUCUUUGUUCCAUCCUUGAUCGGUAUGGAAGCUGUCGGCAUCCAUGAGUUCGUCUACAGCUCCAUCAUGAAGUGCGAUAUUGAUAUCAGGAAAGACCUUUAUGCAAACAAUGUCUUGUCUGGUGGCACAACCAUGUACCCCGGUAUUUCUGACCGCAUGCAGAAGGAGAUCACAAACUUGGCUCCUUCUACUAUCAAGAUCAAGAUCAUUGCUCCUCCUGAGCGUAAAUACUCCGUCUGGAUCGGUGGCUCCAUCUUGGCUUCUCUGUCCACCUUCCAGUCCAUGUGGAUCACCAAGGAAGAAUACGACGACUCUGGCCCCGGCAUUGUUCAUCGCAAGUGCUUCUAAUUUCCAUGAUCACGUUGGUUUCAUCGCAUCCUACGGGUUUCAUAGUGUCACCCUUUUCUCAGCACUAUGUUGCUCAUGGACCCUCACCGUACAGUAUACUGCGCCCUGAAUACGGGUUGAUGUGUUCCAAAAAAUGAUCAAUACGCCAACCCAAGAAACUUGUUUAUCAGUAGCUACAAGACAAGGAAGGGAAUAAUAGAUUAGUGAAUUGGCUUUAACUAGACCAUUGCUCUCUUGAAGGUUUCCGACGGACAUGAAGCCCCAGUCUGUUAACCCUGUCUUUGUAUUAUGGCUAUUAACAAACACGGGUUUGUGUGUCAAGUACUGUGGCAACUGGAGAUACGGUAUUCUGUUUUAAGGUGCCUAAGAAACUUUCCGAAAGAAGCAGGGCCGUGUUAUUUUGAGAGUCCUUAGAUUUUUUUAUUUUCUGUGAUCCAAUUAUCAUUUAUAGUUACUUAAGGUACAACGAAGGGUAGCGCUCCCUAUACUUUUCCUGUGGCUCUAGAGCUGAAAACAAAUAAAAGUUAUUUUCUUGAA